GUUGUGGUAAGACACUAGUGGCUAGAGCAUUAGCUAACGAGUGCUCCAAGGAAGGACGUAAGGUGGCCUUCUUCAUGAGAAAAGGAGCCGACUGCCUGAGCAAAUGGGUUGGAGAGAGUGAAAGACAACUGAGACUCCUUUUUGAUCAAGCUUAUCAAAUGCGUCCAUCCAUCAUAUUCUUUGAUGAAAUUGAUGGAUUGGCUCCAGUUCGAUCCACAAGACAAGACCAGAUCCACUCCUCCAUUGUCUCCACUCUCCUUGCUCUCAUGGACGGGCUGGACAGUCGUGGGGAGAUAGUUGUUAUAGGAGCGACCAAUCGGAUUGAUGCUAUAGACCCAGCACUGAGGAGGCCAGGACGAUUUGACAGAGAGUUCAGGUUCCCACUACCAUCAAGAGAA